GCAGAUAUAAUAUCUUCUGUUAGGCGAAGAUAGUAGUAGUGUGCGACAUUGAUGGAGAAUACGAGCGGUGAUAGAAGUAGACAAACAUGGCUGCUCUAAGGAAUGGUUUGUUGACAUGUUCGAAUUUUCUUUCAAGCAGCACAAAAUUUGCAGCAUGCGAGUUCCAGCAAAUACGUAACAAAUAUGUUGGUCGGUGGAUGAUUCGUGAUGUUAAACGAAGAAAAAUGGCAAAAGAAUAUGCGGAAGAACGACUGCGACUUGUAGCUAUGAAAAGAAAUACUAUUUUGCCAGUGGAAAUUCGUAAAGAAGUUAAUCAACAAUUUGAUAAGAUAAUUCCACGUCAGACAGCUUUAAGACAAUUAACACCACGGUGUAUAAUAACUUCUCGUGGACGUGGUGUUGUGUAUAGGUGGAGAUUAUCAAGAAUUAUGUUCAGGCAUUUGGCUGAUUAUAACAAGUUAUCCGGUGUACAACGUUCAAUUUGGUAGAGAUUACAUGUACAAUGGUGUUUCAGUUCUUUUGUUGAAAAAAUGUGAAAUAAAUACAACAUGAUCAAUGUAGCGGCUUGUAAAAAAGUA